UUUAAAAAAAUGCAAUUUGUUAUUCUUUCUAGAAGGGGGCCUCCUCCUCCACUCCUAGGAGUGCUUAUUAUAACAACUGCCAGUGCUAGAAAUCCCAUGAUGGGGUCUGAAAGUGCAGAGAGAUUCUUUUGGCUCAUGCAUCAUCACUUGUAAAAAAAAAUUUCUAAUUAGACUUUAGUUAACCAUUUGGUAAAGUUGUAAGACAUAAUUAAAUUCAUCACAUUCUCCCAUGUCUAUAUUGGUUCUGCAGGGCUAAUAUUAGCAAAAUCUUGUAGAAGAUUUUGUCAAUACAGUAAAUGUCUUUGAAUGUACAGUGAGCAGAUCCAAUGAGCAAGAAUGUACCAUUUCUACAAUCACUUUUCUGACCACUUUUCUUCACUUUGAUGCUUAAAUUGGCACUAUAUGCCUAAUUUCGCCACAUAUUGUUGGAAGGACAGAUCUCCUAAGCAUAGCCUUAUCCAGCACUGCAAAUACUAAAAGAACACAAAUGAUGAAAUUCAAAACAUAUCACACUGUGUAAGCCAAAGACAUUUGAGUGAAAACAAAGGGUGAAAUCCUGGCCCUAUUGAAAUCAAGGGGAUGUCAUGAGUGUUCCCAUUGAUUUAAUUAGGCCAUGAUUUCAGCUACCAUUUCUAUAUUGGCCCCAUCCUGCAAACCCUUAGCUGAUCAGCUCUUAUGAGCAAUCUCAUUGAUUUUGGUGGGAUUACUUAAAUGAAUUAAUAUUACUCACAUAAGAGUUGCAUGAUUUGUCCUUAAACUUGUGCUUCUAUCUAUUAGAAUUGUCUUUUCAUUUUUUUCCUAAUUUCUUUAUUUAGGAAACAGCUAAAACAUGGCCAAAAUGACUAAUUUGGAAGAAGCUGAAGUACAACUUUCUGAGUUAGACCUACUUUCUAGUAUGUUUCCUGAUGAAGAUGAGUUUAUUGUGACUGAUCAGCUGGCUGUAGCAGAACUAAAACAUUAUAUUGAUAAUAAGACGUCAGAGAUCCCAUCUUCAAAAGUUCAGUUUAUACUGAAUGUAAAACAAGAGGUUGCUGAUGCCACUAUGGUAAUGCUUUCUUUAUCCUGUGCUUUACCACUUAACUACCCAGCUGUUCUACCAGAAAUUACUGUCAGGUCACCAUCAUUAAGCCGAUCACAGCAGAUUCAGCUGAACGCAGAUCUAAAAACAUACUUGAAGCAAAACUGCAGUGGUGAGGUCUGUGUAUUAAAUGCAAGAGAAUGGGUUAAAGAUCAUGCAGCUGCUUAUAUCGAUAAGGAGCUUUCAUCUUCAUCAGUGACGAUAUUGAGGACUAUGCAGUCAGAAGAUGUCAUUUUCACUAGAUUAUGGAUCUAUAGUCAUCACAUCUACAACAAGCAUAAAAGAAAGAAUAUUGUUGAUUGGUCUAAGGAGCUCGCUCUGACGGGGUUUAGCAUGCCUGGGAAACCAGGUGUCAUUUGUGUAGAAGGCCCACAGAGUACUUGUGAAGAAUUCUGGUCAAGAGUCAGAAGAUUAACAUGGCGGAGAAUUUUAAUUCGCCACAGAGAGGAUAUUUCUCUGGAUGGGUCACAUGCUGAGAUGCAGAAACAAAGAAAAUUCUCAUCUUUUGAAGAAAAAGUAUUUGAUGCGCAUGGUGCCAGAGGAAAUCAUAUGGAUUUGGGGCAGCUCUAUCAUUUUUUAGAUGAAAAGGGGUGUGCUGAUGUUUUUCAGAUGUACUUUGGAGUUGAAGGAUGUUAGAUCAGCAAAGAUCCAAUCAAUGAACUUGAAAAAUUAUGUGACAGUCUUGGAUAAAUUAUUCUUUUCCCCUCUGAAAUAGUUGAUCAGUGAGGGGAAUGAUUACUGCUGCUUUAUAAGAUGAAUUCAGUUUUCCAUGAAAACGAAUAAUGGUGAAAAUGACUAUAUGAAUGCUUUAAUAUAAAGAUAUUUUUAAGGGAAAGAUAUAAUGAUGCUAAUGACAAAGACAACAACAAUAAACCAACAACAGUUUUUUGAUAGAUGCUGUAUACUAUUUAUAAUCUGAAUUAUUAAAACUUCACCUUGGAGAAGCUGAUUAUAUCUAUGUAAUAUAGUAAAAAAGAUCCAGAUGUUUGUGAAAAGUGUUAGUUUUGGGCAGAGAUACAGCACAUCAUAUUAUAGAUAUGGGAUUAUAUGUGUGCGUGUGUGUGUAAAAUAUGGAAUGGGAAGGGAAGCAACCAUGGGUGUGUGAUUUUCCAAUGAUUACAGUUAUUUUAAGCAGGCAUGUCUGGAAAGAAAUGUUGUCUUUUACAUCAUUGAACACUGUAUU